AUGGGCCUCAGAGAUGCUCCAGAUAGCCCCAGAGAACAAAACAGAGCCCCAGAGAACACAACAGAGCCCAGAGAACAAAACAGAGCCCCAGAGAACAAAACAGAGCCCCAGAGAACAAAACAGAGCCCCAGAGAACAAAACAGAGCCCCAGAGAACAAAACAGAGCCUCAGAGAACAAAAAAGAGCCAUAGUGAACAAAACGGAGCCCCAGAGAACAAAACAGAGCCCCAGAGAACAAAACAGAUCCCCAGAGAACAAAACAGAGCCCCAGAGAACAAAACAGAGCCCUCAGAGAACAAAACAGAGCCCCAGAGAACAAAACGGAGCCCCAGAGAACAACAGAGCCCCAGAAAACAAAACGGAGCCCCAGAGAACAAAACAGAGCCCCAAAGAACAAAACAGAACCCCAAAGAACAAAACAGAGCCCCAGAGAACAAAACAGAACCCCCAGAGAACAAAACAGAGCCCCAGAGAACAAAACAGAGCCCCAGAGAACAAAACAGAGCCCCAGAGAACAAAACAGAUCCCUUAGAGAACAAAACAGAGCCCCAGAGAACAAAACAGAGCUCCAGAGAACAAAACAGAGCCCCAGAGAACAAAACAAAGCCCCAGAGAACAAAACAGAGCUCCAGAGAACAAAACAGAGCCCCAGAGAACAAAACGAAGCCCCAGAGAACAAAACAGAGCCCCAGAGAACAAAACAGAGCCCCAGAGAACAAAACAAAGCCCCAGAGAACAAAACAGAGCCCCCAGAGAACAAACCAGAGCCCCCAGAGAACAAAACAGAGCCCUAGAGAACAAAACAGAGCCCUAGAGAACAAAACAGAGCCCUCAGAGAACAAAACAGAGCCCCAGAGAACAAAACAAAGCCCCCAGAGAACAAAACAGAGCCCCCAGAGAACAAAACAGAGCUCCAGAGAACAAAACAGAGCCCCAGAGAACAAAGCAGAGCCCUCAGAGAACAAAACAUAG